AUUUAAAUUGGAACAAUAGAUAGAUAUUUGGGGAUCAGAGCAAGAGAAAAAUCCACUCUGCAACCUGUCCUUUUUGCAGAAACCACGUCCUAGCAGGGAGAAAUCUAUCCGUCCGUCCCCAAUAAAAAAGGAUUUAUUGCAAUUCAUACGUAGGCUGAAAUGCGGGUCAGUUCUUGGGAGUUCAAGUGGACGUGCAUCAAGGAACUGCGGGUUGGGGGUGUGUGAAGUUGAAAACACGCGAUUUGGCUCGCUGACUCGUGUCUGCUGAUCGUGAGAAGAUAUAAAAGGUGGAAAUCCGACAGGCUGCAACGGGAGGGAGGCGGGGAAGCAAAGCCACGCCCCCUCUCCCCGGCAGCCAAUGGCCUUUCCCAACCGGCCCGGCGUAAAGAUGGCGGCCGCGGGGCCGGAAGCAGCCCGGGCGGAAGAGGAAGCGAGGCGCUGAGGCGCAAUAGGCAGCGGCCCAAGCGCGGCUGCCGGCGAUGAAGCUUCUCCGAGCGCCCGGGGCGGUAUGGGGCCUGGCCUUGGUGCUGUGGCAGCUGGGCCCGGCUGCGCGGGCGAUGGACCCGAUCACGAUGGGCAUCGCGCUGGCCGGCACCGCCUCGGCCCUCACCGGCCUCAUCUCCCUCCCGAGGCUCUAUUGCUACUUCGCCGAAUGCUGCCUGGAGAGGCCGCCGCCGCAGGUCGGGCGAGAUCUUAAGGACAAUCUGGGGAAAAAAGUCUUCGGGCAACACCUGGUGUCGGAGGUGAUUGUGAAAGCCGUGACGGGGUUUUUGGCCAACCCGAAUCCGAAGAAACCCCUGGCGCUCUCUCUGCACGGGUGGACGGGGACGGGCAAAAACUUCGUCAGCAAGAUUGUGGCAGAAAGCCUUUACGACGAAGGGCUGAAGAGCAGAUACGUCCACCAGUUCGUGUCCACUCUGCACUUCCCACAUCAGCAGAACAUCAGCCAUUACAAGGACCAGCUGCAAACGUGGAUUCGUGGCAACGUGAGCGCCUGUGGCAGGUCGAUCUUCAUAUUUGACGAAAUGGAUAAAAUGCACGCCGGGCUCAUAGACUCCAUCAAGCCUUUCCUGGAAUAUUAUGAAGAAAUAGACGGCAUCUCGUAUCGAAAAGCCAUUUUCAUUUUCCUCAG